GUCUGCUCUUCUAUACCCAUUCAAGCCGGAUGUCUGCUCUGGAUCAAUACAUCCACUACAUCUUGUUAAUUCCCAUAUGGACCGGGGCUGUUUGCAGUUUGUUUGAGGUGUGGCACAGAAACAACCCAAUCCUGGAGCUGUUUAGGACUUCCAUGUUCAUAACCCAGGGAACUUGGCUUUGGCAGAUUGCUUUCCUGUUGUGGGGAACCUCCAGUUGGGACCACAAUGACCCAGAAACCUACAUGUUUAUGGCCCUGUGCUACUCUUGGCAUUAUGGGAGUGCCGUUCUCUUCCUCACCUUUACCUAUGGCAUUGUCUAUUGGGUUCUUUGGAUACUGAAAGGAAACUGUGGAGGAGAUGGAAUGGAAAUUCAGAAGUUCAACCAAGCAGACACAAAGACCUACACUGCUCUUUUGAAUGGCUCUGAUGAAGAAUGA